AUGAGGGAUAAGGUUGACAUAUGUGACAUCUCUGAAACCCACUGGAAGGAUCAAGGACACUUCCACACGGAACACCAUAACAUAUACAUGUCAGGAGGUGCGAACAGAGGACGGAAUGGAGUCGCGUUCUUGGUUAGCAGAAGGAUUGCACAGACGGUGCACUCAUAUGAGCCCAUCAAUGACAGAAUAAUCAAGAUCACCCUUGCAGCUAGACCAAGAAACCUUCACCUGGUGGGGAAGGUCGAGGAGGCUCACCUGAGAGGCACAGGGGGAGCAUUUGGACUGGGUGUGAGGAACGAGAGAGAAGAACGCCUCAUCCAGUUUGCGGUGGAGAACGACCUGGCCAUCAUGAAUACCAUGUUUCAACACCAUCCUCGAAGACUGUCGACCUGGAUCAGUCCCAAUAAGGAAUACCGAAAUCAAAUUGACUACAUGAUGAUCAAAAAGAGAUGGAGGACAUCGAUAAGAAAUGUCAAGGCUAAGCCUGGAGCGGACUGUGACUCUGAUCACAAACUACUAUUAGGAGCCUUCAGCAUAAAACUCCACUUCCUGAAGAGGGGGAAAAAACAGGAGAUGACACGAAUUGGAAACAUGGAGGCCUUCCAACAAAAUCUCAUGAAUAAUGCUGACUGGGGGAGGAGCGAUGAUCCAAACAAAUACUGGAAAAACAUCAAAGAAUGGAUCAAAGGGGCAGUCAGGGAAAGCCGAGCAAUAAAAAUCCGGAAGAAGAAGCACUAG